AUGUCACUUCCUCGGCUGUUCCGCGCUCCUUGCGCAGCGCGCGCACUCGCCCGACCAACCGUCCGACCGGACCCAUGCCUGCGGCUGCUCCCCACAUAUAAACCCUUCUCGACGUCGCGGAGGAGACAGGAUAGUUUGGCCGUCGACGACGAGGCGGCCGCCAAACUGCCGGGCAUCGACCCGAGCAAGCUGGAGGUGACCAAGACAAUCACUCCGAAAGAGCUGGUGCCCAACAAGGAUCUUGUGUUUGGACGAACAUUCACUGACCAUAUGCUUUCGAUCGAAUGGACGGCGUCUCAAGGCUGGCAGACUCCUCGAAUAACGCCGUACCAAAACCUGUCCCUCGACCCGGCGACCUGCGUGUUCCACUACGCCUUCGAAUGCUUCGAGGGCAUGAAAGCCUACAAAUCCCAACACGACGGGUCGCUGCGCCUGUUCCGCCCGGACAAGAACAUGGCGCGACUGAACAAAUCCGCGGCUCGCAUCGCGCUGCCCACCUUCGAAGGAGACAAGCUGGUCGACCUGAUCGGGAAACUGUGCAAGCUGGACGAACGCUUCAUCCCGUCCGAAAAGGGCUACUCGUUAUAUCUCCGACCGACGUUGAUCGGCACGCAGCGCACUCUGGGCGUCGGCCCGCCGGGGUCCGCACUGCUGUUCGUCAUCGCGUCGCCCGUCGGCCCCUACUAUCCUACAGGCUUCAAGGCCAUUUCGCUGGAAGCCACCGACUAUGCCGUCCGCGCCUGGCCCGGUGGCGUCGGCGACAGUAAACUCGGCGCCAACUACGCGCCGUGUAUCGUGCCGCAAUUGAAGGCCGCGAAGAAGGGCUUGCACCAGAACCUGUGGCUGUUCGGGGAGGAGGAGAAUAUCACCGAGGUCGGCACCAUGAAUCUGUUCGUGUGCAUCAAGAACAAGGAGACCGGCCAGAAGGAAUUGCUGACCGCGCCGCUGGACGGGACCAUCCUCGAGGGUGUCACGCGAGACUCGGUGCUGGCGCUCGCCCGCGAACGGUUGGUGCCCGAGGGCUGGAAGGUCCAAGAGCGCUAUGUCAAGAUGCAGGAACUCGCAGAUGCCGAGGCCGACGGCCGCUUGGUCGAAGUCUUCGGCGCCGGCACCGCCGCCAUCGUCGCGCCCGUGAGGAAGAUUUCGUGGAGAGACCGCCUGAUCGACUGCGGCCUGAAGGAGACCGAGGAGGCCGGUGAGGUCGCGCUCAAGAUGAAGAACUGGAUCGAGGGCAUCCAGUACGGCGAUGAACCACAUCCUUGGAGUGUUAAGAUCCCCUGA